AAUUAUUUUUAAAAAGUCAGUUGCAGCUGUCUUGGAUCAUUGCUGACAAUUAAAUUGCAAAAUUAUCCCCAUUUUGUUUUGCAGUUCUAGCAAAACACAGUAACACCUUAAUAGAAGCAUGACCUGAGUAGGGAGUGUAGACUUCAGGGCAGCUAUCCUUCGUGGUUAUGAUGCUUCAGCUACUUUCACUCCAUGAUUCAGUCACGCAUAUUGUGACAGAGAAUAAUUCUUGGAAUGAAAUUUGGGACUGGAUUCAAAACCUGAAGCUGUCAAAUGCAGACAAGCUUAAGAUGCUCAAUAUCUCCUGGUUCACAGACAGCAUGGCUGCUGGAAAGCCUGUGGAGAUAGAGGAACGGCAUAAGCUUCAGGUGCAGAAGAUGAUUCAAUCAAAUUUGCCAUUACCUGCACCGGUGGUAACUAUUUCCCAGUAUGCAUGUCAGAGGAGAUCAACCCUCAAUAAUAGAAACAAAAUAUUUACGGAUGCACUGGACAUUUUGGCAGAAAAUUUUGAGUUUAAUGAAAAUGAUGGCGCCUAUGUUGCAUUUUCAAGAGCAACUUCCUUGUUAAAGUCCCUUCCAUUCACAAUAAGCAAAAUGACAAACUUGGAGGGACUACCCUGUUUUGGAGACCAGACAAGAGCCAUAAUUGAGGAAAUACUGGAAGAUGGAGUUAGCUCGAAGGUUGAGAAUUUGCAAUGUGAUGAGAAGUACAAAGCAAGAAAGCUAUUCACCAGUGUCUUUGGUGUGGGAUUGAAGACUGCCGAUAAAUGGUACGUACAAGGAUUUCGUACAUUAGAGGAAGUAAAAACAUCCAAGGAUUUGAAAUUUACCAAAAUGCAGAAGGCAGGUUUUUUGUACUACGAAGACAUCAAUAAUGCUGUAACAAGAUCAGAGGCAGAAGCUGUAGCUCAAAUUAUAGAAACCACCAUCCAUAACUACAGACCUGAUGUCAAUGUGACUUUAACUGGAGGGUUUAGAAGAGGUAAAGAGAUUGGCCAUGAUGUGGACUUUUUGAUAAGCUGCCCAGAAAACUUGGAUGAAAACUUUCUUUGUAAGAUAAUCAAUAAGCUGGACAUUCAGGGUCUGCUUCUGUACUACGAUAUUAUGGAGGCCACGUUGGAAAAGAGAACAUUCCCCAGCAAAAAAUAUGAUGCCAUGGAUCAUUUUCAAAAAUGCUUCCUUAUCCUAAAACUGAACAAAGCGCUUGUGAAGAACCGAGUCCUCGAGGUGUCUUCUGUGCCUGCAGUGAGGCCAAUCGAUAAUGGGACAGAACCUGAAGUCAAAAUUCAGAUCAAAGAUUGGAAGGCUAUCCGUGUGGAUCUGGUUGUGGUGCCUGCUCAGCAAUUUGCCUUUGCACUCUUGGGAUGGACUGGAUCAAGACAGUUUGAACGUGACUUAAGAAGAUACACCAAUUAUGAGAAAAACAUGAUGCUGGACAACCAUGGUCUAUAUGACAAAGUGAAGAAUGUAUUUCUGAAUGCUAAGACAGAAGAAGAAAUCUUUGCUCACCUGGAUUUGGAAUACAUUGAGCCAUGGGAAAGAAAUGCAUAAGCUUCCAAAUAUAAAUUGUAUCUUCAUUAUAUGUUUUGGCAGAGGAAAAGGGAGUGUUCAUGUAAAAUUUUACUUUUGUUUUAAAAGCACACUUACAUAGAAUUGCAACAUAAGUUUUCUUCACUGAGAUUGGCAAGUAUUAUACAGAUUUUCACCAGUAGUGAAAUGACAUUACAUAAACUGUAAAUGGAACUAUUUUGGGAAAGGGAUUUUAAUUUACUUAGUUCUUCAUAUUGUACUGUGAAACUGAUUAAGACUUUGGAAUAUAUGAACAGGCGUUAAUCAAUUAGUCCCUCCAAUUAAUUCUAUCAUUCAUUUGGAACAUGACUGAUCACUACACGAUUUAUCCAUCUGUGAUUCAUUUUCCUUCUUAUGCUUGCUUAAUAAUAAGCUAUUGAUCUCAGACUUGAAGAUUUCAGUUAACCCAAUUUUCAUAGUCUUUUGGGAGAGCAGGUUUCACAUGUCCAUUUGGAAAUCUCAAAUUACAUAUUAAAUAAUAAUGUAUUAUUGUCUCCCAUUAUAACCAGUUCUCCUAAAAUCGGUGUCUAAAAUCCCAAUAUGUUUAUUUUUCUCUGUUAUAUGCCAAAUAUUGUAAAUGUGAUGGAAUUUACACAAAGUGCACUUUUAUAGGUGACCACAGAUCUAUUACGAAUGUUCCAUAUGUUGUCUUUGAAUUUGUUUUAAACCUCAGUAUUAUGGUACAGUAUUUUAUGAAAGAAAUGAUGUAGGACAAAAUUUACAGUUUAAAAGCACUAUUAUUUUUGAAUAUGUGGCCACAACGUUUGGAAAUUAAGUCAGCACUGGACAGAUACAUUGGAUUUCUGCUCGAAUACUAAAACUGAAACUGAAACAACAAUCUAAAUGUAUAACUUUUAAAUAGUUGAAAAGGUAUGAAUUUUGGUGGAAAAGCUAUAAGACUGACACAAAGCACGGAAUCUUAAAAGGUCCUGAAUGAUAUUGGCGAAUUUUAAAAGAAUUGCACAAGAAGUCCAGCAAGGCCAUUCCCAUGGGUGGGGGUCAACAAGUUCCACUUUCUAACAGCAUUCUGAGCAUUGCAAUAAGAUUCUCAGAAGGGAGUGGAGAGGUGCCUAUUAAGGUGGAUUAUCACUUAUUCUUACCCUCAUCAUCACCAAUUCUCACCCAUUAAUAUGCACGUUCCCAUUCUAUCUCUGUUGACUGUCUGUGUGGUGUUUGCACAUUCUCUCAGUGUCUGUAUGGAUUUCCAUUGGAUGCUCCA